AUGUUCCCGUCAUUAUAUCUCCAUCAUCAGAGAUUCCGUACAAGCAGUUCCUCACUUAUCUCAUUAAGAAACAUAAAUAGCGGUGAGGCACAACUGGACAGUCACUUCGACUCCGAGACUCCGACUCCUUCCACAUCAUUCAUAUCCAACAACAUGAAGCUUGUGCUGAACUUGUUCCUGAUUCUCUCCAUCUCCGUCGCUACAGGGACCUGCCUUGUGUGUGAGAGAUGCGAGAAUCUCCAUGGAGACGCCUGCAAUAAGACUCAGACCAGCACCGAAGUCUGCGCCCAUCACGUCACGCAGUGCCGCACCACCAUUAUGGUUGAAACAUUCGGAAAUAUCUCCUACUGGCAGUCCUGGAAAUCCUGUGCCAACAACCCAAUUCUGUGCAGAGAUACAUUCAACAUGUCCGUAGGAUAUGAGCUUUUCAAAAAAACGGUGUGCUGUGAGGGGGAUCUCUGCAACAAGGGGGCAAUAAAAUUGGAUGCUAUCAACAGGACGGAGAACGGGGUGAUGUGUCCAUCCUGCUAUGCUAAAGCUGGUAAAAGCUGCAAGCCGACUGAAAUGCGCAAGUGCCAAGGACACCAGACAGCUUGCCACUCAUUUUCUGGCCUAAUCUUUAACUCAACUCAGUUUGAACCUUGGGCCUAUCAAGGAUGUACAACAGAGAACACUUGCCAUUAUCGUCCUCCACCAUACCCUGAGACUUUGUUCCAGAAGGGUUUCAGACUGUCCUGUGUUGACAGCAAAAACAGCAAAUACAAAGUCAAAUAUUAAAAAAAAAA